CCUCUGUCUCCUUACCAGGCCCACAUGUUUCGCCACCUCUCUGUGCGCGCCGCCAAGUCAAGGCCAGUGGCGCCCUCGCUCGGGCUGCCUCCGCGGCGGACCACCCCUCGUUAUACCGCUUGGAACCGGCUGCGGGCGAUGGCGGGACGCAGCGCCGGAGAUGGCUUCGGGGUGCUUGCGGGCACCGCGGACAAGGGCUUCGGCCCCGAGGACUACGACGACCUCCCCUACCACGAGACGCUGCUCUGCAACAGGUGCCCUCCCGACAAGGUUUGCUCCGGUCCCCGCGGGUGUGGCUUGCUCUUCGUGCACGACACCAGGAGGGUCCUGCCCGAGGGCGGCGCCCGGCGCGCCGCCGCGCAGGCCUGCUUCCCCGCGGCUGCUUCCCGCGGCGCCGCGGCGGGCGCUGGGCUCUGCCCGAAGGUCGAGCUCUCCCCGAAGGCCAGCGUGGCGCCGUCCGCGACGGCGGAGACGGCGACGCCGGCGUCGUCCGCGCCCUCCGCGGCAUCCGAGGGCGACGCCGCAGAGGACGACCUGCCCGGCGCCGCGGGGGCGGUGCUGCCCCUCGAGCGGGCGCUCGCGCCCGCGCCCCGGCAGCAGGCGGCCGGCGUCCCUGGGCGGCGCGGGGCGGGCCUGCAGAGGCGCUGCCAGUUCUCCGGCGACGGCAAGCGCACUACGCCGCAGCGACCCUGGAAUGCCAAGGAUGCUGCACCUGCGAACGCGGCCGUCGGAGUCAGCAAGCCGCCGAUCUGCAAGCAUUGGCGCCUCUUCACGUGCAACCUCAACGGGAGGUGCAAGUUCCGACACGACGGGCCCGGCGGGUGCGUCCCCAGCUCGCCCGUCGGCGAGGAGCCUUCCAGCCGGCACAGGAACCUGGACCCCGCAGAGAUCGAAGAGCGCCUCCUGAGGGAAGGGGGCGGCGCCGAGUGGAGCGGCGAGAAGGUUGCGGCGGCGGCAAGGGCCUUCUGCGGCGUGCACGACGCGCGCGAUCUCGACGCCGCCUUUGCCGACGCCGGCGCGGAUCGCGCCCCCCGCGGAGUGCGGGUCCUCCGACUGCUCCUCGACGCGCUGGAGGAGUGGUGCGGGGACGGCGGCCGCGCCCAGGCGGUGGCCGAGGCCCUGCUGCGCAGGCUCUUCAACCACCACGGCGUGGCGUGCGCCGAGGGCCACGCCGGCUCGGCAUUGAGGCGCGCCCGGGAGCUGCCAGGGGCAGCUCCCGACGGCGGAGGCGCGGUCGUGGCCUCCGGAGCCACGGCAUGGCACGAGGACGGGGGCGCGGUGCUGAGGCUGCGUGAGUUGGUGCGGCAGCCGCGGCACAGGUCCGGGCUGCGCAAGAUGCUCGACGAAUCGGCGUGGCCAGCGGGCAUCAGCAAGUCCCCGUGGUGCGGCGUGCUGGACCAGUUCCUCUACCGCGUCGCCCUCGUGAAGCUCCUCGGGCGCUGGCAGGGGCCAGACAUCGAGGGGCCAUGGCGCGAGCACCUGCGCCACCUCGAGCGGACGGUUCGGCUGGGCAGCGAGGGGCCCGGGCCUGCUCACCCGAACCAGCUGGGGCAGGUCGCAGCGGGCCCGCGCGCGCGCGGCCGAGCGUAGGAUGGCCGCGGCGUGCCCACCCGGGCCAGCUCGAGCAGGUCCAGUGCCAGUGGUAAUUCUAGACGCUUCGCGUAGCCCCGCCAGCCCAUCCAGAAGCGGUG